AAUGAUCCUGACGCCAGAGCUCAUGCAAACAGGAUAUCGGUUUCUGUCAGAGAGAUCACAAGCAGCUUGAGGUUUCUCUGCGGGCCUCAGCCUCCCCUCGCUCUCCUCCCUGGCUUUAUCUGCUCGGCGCAGCGUGCCGGCUGCCGCGUGCGCGGCUGGCAGGAAGCGAUGGCAGCAGGAGAGACGCAGCUCUACGCCAAGGUCUCCGGCAAGCUCAAGGGCCGCAGCAGCCCCUCGCUCCUGGACCCCCUCCUGGCCAUGGGCUUCCCGGUACACACCGCGCUAAAAGCAUUGGCAGCCACCGGGAGAAAGACGGCGGAGGAGGCCUGCAGCUGGCUGCGCUGCCACUGUGACGACCCCUCGCUCGACGACCCCAUUCCCCAGGAGUACGCCCUCUUCCUCUGCCCCACGGGGCCCCUGCUGGAGCGACUGCAGGACUUCUGGAAGGAGAGCAGGCGCCAGUGUGCCAGGAACAGGGCUCACGAGGUCUUCCCGCACGUGACCCUCUGCGACUUCUUCACGUGCGAAGACCAGAAGGUGGAGUGUCUGUACGAGGCCCUGAAGAAGGCGGGGGACCGGGCCCGCACCUCCUUCCCGCCCGCCUUGCCCCUGGCUCUCCACUCCUCCGGCAGCUACCUGGGCUUCUUCAUCAGCGACGGCCCCGCCGACCUCAUCCGCGAGUUCGCCAUGGUGUUCGCCUCCGAGGCCUCCGUCUUGGCAGACUGCACCGUGAAGCCCUGCACCAAGCAGCUGCACCUGACCCUGGCUCACAAGUUCUACCCCCACCACCAGAGGACGCUGGAGCAGCUGGCCAGAGCCAUCCCCCCGGACCCCAGCUGCCAGUGGACGGCGGCGCUCUACUCGCGAGACAUGCGCUUCGUGCAUUACCAGACCCUGAGGGCGCUGUUCCGGUACGAACCGCAGAACGAGGACGAGCUGGCGCUCAGCCCCGGCGACUACAUCUUCGUGGACCCCACGCAGCAGGAGGAGGCCAGCGAGGGCUGGGCCGUGGGGACGUCGCAGCGGACCGGCUGCCGCGGCUUCCUGCCGCAGAACUACACGGAGAGGGCCAGCGAGGCCGACACCUGGGUGAAGCACAGGACCUACACCUUCAGCCUGGCCGUGGAGCUGAGCUCCAGGAAGGACGGUGAAGCCAGCGGCCGGCAAGGCGGGGAGUUUGCCGCUGCACAGCCAGCUCGGAGCGUUGGCACCUUACAGACCCUGCAGGCCGCCCUGGCGAGGAGACGCGUGCUGGUGGUGCGCCACGGGGAGCGAGUGGACCAGGUCUUCGGGAAGUCAUGGCUGCAGCAGUGUUGCACCCCGGACGGGAGGUACCACCGGCCCGACCUGAACUUUCCCGGCAGCCUGCCCCGGCGCAGCAGCGGCCUCAAGGCCUUCGAGAACGACCCGCCGCUGUCCUCCUGCGGGGUCUUCCAGGCCAGAAUGGCAGGGGACGCACUGCAGGCCAGCGGCAUCCGAAUCGCCGCUGUGUUCGCCUCGCCAGCCCUCCGCUGCGUGCAGACGGCAAAACACAUCCUGGAAGAACUCCAGCUGGAGAGGAGGCUCAAGAUAAGAGUGGAGCCCGGGAUCUUUGAGUGGACAAAGUGGGAGGCCAGCAAAGCGCCCCCGGCCCUCAUGACCUUGGAAGAGCUGAAAGAGGCAGGUCUCAGCGUGGACACUAAUUACAGGCCUGCGUUUGCCCUCUCCUCCCUCACGCCAGCUGAGAGCUAUGAUGACUAUGUGGACAGGUGCGCCGUGAGCGUGGCACAGAUGGUCAGCGCCUGCCCACAGGACAUGGGCGUCAUCCUCAUUGUGAGCCACGGCUCUGCACUGGACUCCUGCACCCGGCCGCUCCUCGGACUGCCGCCCCGGAGCUGUGGGGACUUUGCCCAGCUGGUGAGAAAGAUCCCAUCCCUGGGCAUGUGCUUCUGUGAAGAGAACAGAGAGGAGGGGCGGUGGGAGCUGGUGAGCCCGCCCGUGAAGGCACUCACACACGGCUCCAACGCGGCCUUCGACUGGCGGAGCUGGAUCCUGGGCAGCUGAGCGGCCGCGCGUGGGCUCAAGCGCCCCGCGUGGGGAGCCGCAGACCGCGCGCCACGCCCGAGGCCUCCGUGUUCCAGAACAUUCGCCUCUCGCUUCUGCCGCGCUCACCCCGGCGGGGGCUCCAGGGCCCACGGGCGCGGCUCUGACGGCGGCCCGGGUUCCCCACGCGCGCACUGGCCGCCCGCGUGGCUGCGCUGCUCCCGCAGGGUCAGGUCCCAGCGCCUCCUCCCCCGCCUCACGCGGUCCUCCGCCGGGGCCCCGCCCUCCGCGGGCAGGAAGACCCCCACCCCACCCUGGGCACACCGGGCCUUGCGGUGUCCAUGGCCCAGGCGUCCGGGCUGGCGCCGCCGUAAUAAACAACCACAGACUCGGUGAGGACAGCUCGCCCUGGGGCUGCGCUCCCGUGGGACCCCUCCCUGCACUGUCUCCCUCCCAGGGCGCCCACUCCCCGCCCCCCAAGGCCAGCAGCGCAGUGUCCACCCGUCCCCUCCUGUCCCUAUACACGGACCCCCAAGUCCACCCGUCCCCUCUCUGUCCUCUGCACGGACCCCUGCCCCGCCCCUGCCUCCCUCGGGUGUCCCGGGGCCCCUAGCAUCCUAGGGCCGGCUCUCGCCUCUUAGCCGCACCUGAGCCCCUGUGUGUCCCGGGCCCGGGGGCUGGGACAGGGACGACGGGGGGCUGGAGGCUGUCCUCCAACCUGCCCCGCUCACACCAGGGUCUGGGGUCUGCACGAGACCCCGCCCCCAGCAGGUCCUGCCCACCUGCUCUCCUCCCUUCUGAUGAAUGUGGGGUCGGGAUGCACCAGGAAUUUGCCAGUGAGGGGUGGGUCCCUCAGAAUGGGGGAGGCUGACCAUGACCGGGAGCCGGGGCAGCCCCGAGUCUGAAGG